GAUGUCUCAAACUGCUCGCUAUACGAAUUGCUUUAGUGUUCAGAUUUUGGAUAAAAAUGUUGUGGAUCAUGAUUUAAGUGGAAUAAUAAGGCUUAUAACUGAUUUGGAACAGGAUUAUUAUACUUUUGAAAUCAAAUCUCCAGAAGUUAGAAAAGGACCAACUCGAUUAUGGGAAUUUUUGGUUCAUCUAUUGAAUAAUCCUCAAGACUAUUCCAAUUUAAUUAUUUGGGAAAGUUAUUCAGGACAAUUCUAUAUCAGAAAUCCACUGGAAUUGGCCGAAAUGUGGGGAAGAACUAAGAAAAAGUCAAAUAUGACUUAUGAAAAAUUAGCAAGAGCACUCAGAUAUUAUUAUAAUAAAAUGAUUUUAACAAAAAUUCCUGGAAAACGUCAUACUUACAAAUUCAAUCUACGAUUGUUAUCGGAAUUGAGAAAGGAUAUUUUAUCGUCUAAGAAGAAUGGUUAA